GGCUCUGUUUUUGUGGUGAGGGGGGGGGGGGGGGAAAAAAAAAAAAAAAAAAAAAAAAAAAAAAAAAAAAAAAAAAAAGAGAGAGAGAGAGAGAGAGAGAGAGAGAGAGAGAGAGAGAGAGAGAUGGUGGGAUCGAGAUCCGAAGAGGGGGAAAGGAGAAAGAGUGCGGGGUGCGGUAAGUGCGAAAAGAGCGGGAGGCUUCUAGAAUGCGCCACGUGUCCGAGAGGGUAUCAUCCUUCUUGCUUGACGCCGCCGAUCUCGUCUUUUCGGAAGGUGCCAAAGGCCAGACGGUGGACAUGCCCCCGAUGUUGUGGAGAAGGGGGAGGGAGGUUCAUCGAGAAGAGUGUCGGCACUGCGAACGACUCUGUGGGCCAUGGUUGUGCUGAAGCGUUGGGCGGAAACUCGAAUCUGGACUGUUCCUUUCCCGCGAGGAAGAACAGGAAAAGUUCAGAAGGAUGCGCUGAAGCUGCCGAUACUGCGACAGCGGGAGUGGAAAGGGAUGGGGGCGGGAGGAAAGGAAGGAAUGGUGGCGGGAUGAAGCCGCCUAUGCGUAGUGACAGAGGCUUGUUGCCAUCUCCAACAGUGGAAGACGGCGAGACCGCUGUGAAAAAAAGAGAGGCGGAUGGAACGACUCAUCUUGAUGAUGGGGUCUGGGAUCGGGAUCGGGAUCGAGAUGAGAGGGUGGCGGGUAAUGGAGAGGUGCUGGUGGCUGACUCGGAGGAGGAGGAGGAGGAGGAGGGAAAAGCAGCGGGAAGGCCUGGAAGACGCGGCCGGAGGAGCGGCAUGGGAAGAUGGAGACUGAGAGGGGGGGAGUGGGUAGGGCAAACACUGUCAGGCGGGAGAAGCCGGGGACGGCUGGGGGGCAGAGCUAACGAAUCGACCUUGGCGGCUGAUGAAAGUGCAGCAAAUGUUGCAAUCGAUAUGGAAGAAGAAGUCUGUGAUAUGAAAGUCGGUGAAGAAAGGGAGACAGUAGAGCGGAUCGAGCCUUGUGUGGAAAUGGUGGUGUCUAUCUCCUGCGGUGGGCAGGGCGAGGAAGAUCCCAAUAAGCAAACCGUGGGCGCUCGUCAGAGUGACAUUUCUGGGAGAGCUAAGGGGGGGGGAGGGGGGGAAGGAAGCAAUGGACGAGAGAAGAGGGGGACGGCAAGGGGAAAAAAGGUUGAAGAUCGGAUCGGCGGUGGAGAAAGGAUGGCGGCGGGUCAGAUCGGUGCGAGCGCUGAGAUCCCAGCCGCAGUGGGGUACAUGGCCAAGGUGCCUGGAAAGCGAUCGCUUCUGACAAUGGACACUGGGGAUGGGAUUCUGAUUCUGCCGAGUACCAGAUGCAGCAUCACAGACAAAGAAGGUAAAGAUGCUGACGUCAACGUUGAUGUGGAACCGUCCAAGAGAGUGAAGCAGUCGGGUGAUGCGGAAGACGCACCAAUCGAUGAGGAGAAGAAGGAGGAGGAGGAGGAGGAGGAGAAGACUACGUGGGUUGACCGUGAUCCUGACGGGUUGCACUCGAUUGCAACGGAGCCACGUGGAAGAAAGACGAGCAAGACACGGAAGAGAGCCGAGAUGGUCGAAGGAGGCACAUGUGUCGCUAGACGGCUGCGAUUGCGAAGUCAUUCCGCCGUCGUUGAUCUUUCUACUGCUGACACAGCGAUGGACGUCACACCGGUCCGGUGUUCUGGCGCUCGAGGAGAGCCUCCUCCCCUCGAUCCCGAUCGGAAUCCCGAACCUGAUCCCGAUCCGAAUCCCGAGCGGAAUCCAGGUCCUGAUGAUGCAGUUGCAGCCAUGGGCGACGAUCCGGCUGCUUCUGGCGAUGGCGUGCUUGACAAGGGUGGGAGCUAUGGUGAUCGUGCGACCAGAGCGGGUGCCGUUCGGUACACAGGUGGAAGGCGACGAGCAUAUGCAGACGAGAAUGGCAAAGACGAUGCAGAUUCAGAUGCAGCGGGAGUCGCAAUCUUCAGGCAAGGCGAAGAGGAGAGGGUGGUGGAGAGGAGGGAAGACGAGCAGAUAAGGUCCGGCAGCCGCUUCCUCCGCUCUUCUCGUCGGGGUGCCAGCGAUGGUCGGCUUCAUGAUGCAAGCAGCGAGAUCGGGAGAUCGAGGAGGAAGAUGACGGUGGAGGGAAGGAUGAAGAAGGAUGAAAAGCCCGGCCUGGCAGACGAAGCGGUUGUACGAACGGUGGCCUUGCCCGGAUUGGUGCAGCAGCAGCCGUUGUGGUCCCACGAUUCGCGGCGGCAGCUUCGCGGCCGAGUUCUUGCGGAAGACGAUGGUCGCGAUGGUGGGUCACUAGAGAGGCCAGCGAACGGCGGAGAUGUACCCGGGCCCAGUUCCUCGCUAGCACGAAAGGAAGGGCAGGAGAAGGAGAAGGAGAAGGAGGAGGGGGAGGGGGAGGAGGAUGAGGAGGAGGAGAAGGGGACAGAAAGGAAGGGAGAUGAAGGCGUGUCCGCUGAAGGCGAUGAGCGUACGACAGCAGCAGGACAAGAUGGGAACGGCGAUACCGGAUCGGUAGGCCUCAAUCUGGAAGCCGAGGAGGGAGCUCCUCUUUGUCCCCCUCCUCCUCCUCCUCCUCCUCCUCCUCUUCCUCCUCGCUCUUUGCGCGCUGGCAAUGGCACCGAACAGCGGAGACGAGGCGGCGACACGGCAACAGCUGCGACGAGAGAAGGAGGCAGCGGAGAAGAACGUGGACGUGACGUCCGUGCUGAUCCUCGCGAGCGAAGCCGCGCAAGAUUCUUGUCUAUUGCUCGCAGCAGGGCUGCUUACUUUGCUCAUUAUCAAGAAAGGGAGGAGGAGGAGGAGGAGGAGGAGGAGGUGGUUGGAGUGGUGGCUCCGCUUCGCCAGCAGCAGCAGGAGGAUGAGGAUGAGAUAGACAGAAACAGGGAUUCUGCCGAAAGAGACUGGCCUGGUCCGUUCUCCACCGCUCGUCGUGUGGCGCGCGAUCGUGCGCAAGCUCUGCGGAAGAGGCGCGAUCAAGGCGCAGGCGGACUUCAGGCUUCCUCCUCGAAACGAGCCCCCCCMCCCCCCCCUGCUACUGUGGUGCAGUGGGUUCCUAAGAACCGCCACGUGUCAUCGUUCUCGCCGAAGGGGAAAUCGGUCGCAGAGAAUGGGCAUGGUGAUGAUGCAGUAGGAUCGACUGGCGGGUGCAGGCGAAGGGCGCGAAGUGGAGGCGGGAUCAGCCAUUUGACCAGAGGCAUCCCUCUCAGUUUGUUUGACUUGUGUGUCGAGGUUCUCUGCGACAUGGCCGAUGGAUUGGGAUCGCUGUACGGAAUGCCUGACGUCGUACGGAAGAAAGUGUGCGCUGGCCUGUGCGCCAGAAGGAAGAUGACACCGGAAGCGCUUCGCCUGUUCUUUGACGGCGAGCCCUCUGACGUGUAUAUUGGAGAUUGCACGCUUAUCUCUGAAGACGAUCUGAGUGAUGCCAUGGCUCGAUGCAGCGGCGAGCAACUGGAGCACGUGACGUGGGUGGAACGUGGGCGUGACCCACGUGACGUGGGUGGAACGUGGGCGUGACCGCGUUGGGGGGUUGUGGCUAUGGAUACCUACUACGGGUCUCGCUCCACUACUGACCAAAUGUGCAAAAUGAGA